AUGCACCUCCGCAAGGCGAAGCUCAUGUUCUUCUGGGUGCGGUAUCCGAGCUCCGCGGUCCUCAAGAUGUACUUCCCAGACAUCAAGUUCAACAAGAACAACACAGCGCAGCUCGUCAAGUGGUUCUCUAACUUCCGGGAGUUCUACUAUAUCCAGAUGGAAAAGUACGCGCGGCAAGCGAUCAGCGAAGGCCUGAAGGCUGCGGAUGACUUGCACGUGGCGGGUGACUCCGAGCUGUACAGAGUGCUCAAUUUGCACUACAAUAGAAACAACCACAUUGAGGUUCCACCAAACUUCAGAUACGUGGUUGAGCAAACCCUCCGCGAGUUCUUCCGCGCAAUCCAAGGCGGGAAGGACACGGAGCAGAGCUGGAAGAAGUCCAUCUACAAAGUGAUCUCGCGGCUCGACGACCCCGUCCCGGAGUACUUCAAGUCACCGAACUUUCUCGAACAGCUCGAAUGA